AUGGCGCGUGUGUUGACGUCCAUGGACGGGGCUGCAAGGGCCAUAGGACAUUUUUCAAGAUUCCCAACUCCAGUUCCAGCAGUGAGAACUUUUUCUGUGUCACAGUCUUUGCAUCGGGUGGCAGGUCCUGUAUGGAACCUUGGUCGACUCAAUCAUGUAGCCAUUGCAGUGCCAGAUUUGGAAAAGGCCACAGGAUUUUAUAAGAAUAUUUUGGGGGUCCAGGUAAGUGAGGUGGUCCCUCUUCCUGAACAUGGAGUAUCUGUUGUUUUUGUCAACCUGGGGAAUACCAAGAUGGAACUGCUUCAUCCACUGGGAAAUGACAGUCCAAUUGCAGGUUUUCUGCAGAAAAAUAAGGCUGGAGGAAUGCAUCACAUCUGCAUUGAGGUGGAUAAUAUAAAUGCAGUUAUGAUGGAUUUGAAAAAAAUGAAGAUCUGUAUUCUAAGUGAAGAGGUCAAAAUAGGAGCACAUGGAAAACCAGUUAUUUUUCUCCAUCCUAAAGACUGUGGGGGAGUUCUUAUAGAAUUGGAACAAGCUUGAUUUAUAUUUGCAAGAAAAUUAAUUGCCCUGAAAACCCUUUAUCAAACACUAU